AUGCCUAAGGACAAGGAAUCUAAGGUCUCUUUCAACCUGAAGACCCCAAAGGGUACGAAGGACUGGUCCGGGUCCGACGCCCUCCUCCGCGACCGCAUCUUCUCCACCAUCGCCGACGUCUUCAAGCGCCACGGCGGCACCGCCCUCGACACCCCCGUUUUCGAACUCCGCGAGAUCCUGGCCGGCAAGUAUGGCGAGGACUCGAAACUCAUUUACGACCUGCAGGACCAGGGGGGGGAGAUCUGCUCGCUCCGCUACGACCUGACCGUGCCCUUCGCCCGCUGGCUGGCCAUGAACCCGGACGUGCGCAGCAUGAAGCGCUACCACAUCGCUAAGGUGUACCGGCGCGACCAGCCCGCCGUCAGCAAGGGCCGCAUGCGCGAGUUCUACCAGUGUGACUUCGACAUCGCCGGCACCUUCGACCCCAUGGUGCCCGACGCGGAGAUUCUGCGCAUCGUCACCGAGGUCUUCGAGGAGCUGGGCUGGAAGGGCCGCUACAACAUCAAGAUCAACCACCGCAAGAUCCUCGACGGCCUCUUCGAGGUCUGCGGCGUCCCCGCCGACAAGAUCCGCCCCAUCUCGAGCGCCGUCGACAAGCUGGACAAGAUGCCGUGGGAGGACGUGCGCAAGGAGAUGGUCGACGAGAAGGGGCUGGACGGCGCCGUCGCCGACCAGAUCUGGUCCUACGCCCAGAAGAAGGGCGGGCGCGAGCUGCUGGAGAGCCUCCUUGCGGACGAGACCCUGACGGCCAACGCCAACGCCAAGGCCGGUCUCGACGACAUGGCGCUGCUGAUGGACUAUCUCGAGGCCUUUGGCGUGCUGGACCGCAUCUCCUUCGACCUGAGUCUCGCCCGGGGGCUGGACUACUAUACCGGAGUGAUUUACGAGGUCGUCACCGAGGGCUCCGCUCCCGCCGUGCAGAAGGGCUCCGCGGAGGCCCAGGCCGUGCAGAAGAAGGCCAAGAAGGACAAGUCCAAGACCCUGGAGGACGACGACCGGUCCAACGACCCGACGCUGGGCGUGGGCAGUGUCGCCGCCGGUGGCCGCUACGACAACCUCGUGGGCAUGUUCCUGCCCAAGGCCCAGAUCCCCUGUGUGGGCGUCUCCUUCGGUGUCGACCGCAUCUUCUCCAUCACCAAGGCGCGCAUCGAGCGCGAGAAGAGCGCCGAGGCCCUCCGCAGCAGCGAAGUCGACGCCUACGUCAUGGCCUUCGGCGGCAAGGGUUUCACCGGCAUGCUGAAGGAGCGCAUGACUGUGUGUCAGUCGCUGUGGAACGCAGGUGUCAAGGCCGAAUUCUCCUACAAGGUCAAGCCCAAGCUCCCCCAACAAUUCAAGGCCGCCGAACAAGUCGGCGUCCCCUUCGCUGUCAUCCUCGGCGAGGACGAGCUCGCCGCCGGCAAGGUCCGCAUCAAGGAGAUGGGGCUCGAGGACGGCCACCCCGAGAAGGAAGGCGUGCUGGUCGACCUGGCCGCCCUGCCGGCCGAGAUCAAGACCCGCGUCGCCAAUAAGCGCCGCGGCCAAGACGUGCAGGAAAUCACGGAGCAGUUGGAGGCUACCAAGGUAGAGGCUUGA